GAGCAGGGAAGACGUGGUAAGAUAAUCGUGUGAUAACUGAGCAUGAACGCUGUACGUGAAGGCAGCCUAAUCCAGCCCAGCCGCUGAGUAGCCAUUUUGGUCCCACCUAAAACAGAUAGACCCGCUUCACUUUGGGCCGCCGGAGAUGGAAGAAACCGAGCCGACGGCGAGUGUUGCAAUUAACUGGACAUUUUGAACUCCGGAACAAAAUACCUACCAGUGGCACUUGAUACCCUCUCUCACUUUUUGUUUCUAAACGGGUUUGUAGGGUGAAAAAAAGGCCAGUGGUAAUUUUUGGAAGUGACGACCGACAGCGCCUUCUCGUUAGUUUAGUUAGCCUCACUGACUCAAGCUCAGACGGACACAGAUUUGAUUUUAAUAGUCUAGUUCGACACAGGCCACGAGUGGUGCGUAAAAGUCAUGUGAAUACCGAAAACGAGGUUAUUAUAGAUUCUUUUGGGAGUUUUUUUUCGCUCCUUAGCAGCUCAGGUGCUCGGCUUCAACACGUCCGGUCUGGUUUCAAAAUUGUCACGAUCCAUGCAGAGACUGUUCACCCGGAGAAACCUGCAAAGCAAAAGGACAUUUUCAUUUCUCGUCUGUCGGACUGAAGACUGCAGAUUUUGGACUUCGGACGACGACCGCUUAGAAAGGGACCGUUUAAAAGAUGUCAACAAAAACUCCUUUACCGACGGUCAACGAGAAGGUGACGGAAAGUACUCAAUCCCUUGGCACACAUCACACAGCAACGGGCGCACGGAGCACGGCACGCGCUCGGGCCGCACCGGCGUGCGCUCCCGCAGCUCCGACGAGCAGCAGCAGCCCCACGUCGGCAACUACCGGCUGCUUAAAACCAUCGGCAAGGGCAACUUCGCCAAAGUCAAACUGGCGCGGCACAUCCCCACCGGCCGAGAGGUGGCAAUUAAGAUAAUAGACAAGACACAGCUGAACCCAAACAGCCUUCAGAAGCUCUUCAGAGAGGUCAGAAUAAUGAAGAUCCUGAAUCAUCCUAACAUAGUUAAACUCUUUGAAGUGAUUGAGACGGAGAGGACACUCUACCUGGUGAUGGAGUAUGCCAGCGGGGGAGAGGUGUUUGACUAUUUGGUUGCACACGGAAGAAUGAAGGAAAAAGAGGCCAGAGCUAAAUUUAGACAGAUCGUGUCAGCCGUGCAGUACUGUCACCAGAAGCACAUCGUUCACAGAGACCUCAAGGCCGAGAACCUCCUGCUGGACGCCGACAUGAACAUCAAGAUAGCCGAUUUUGGCUUCAGCAACGAGUUCACUAUGGGCAACAAGCUGGACACGUUCUGCGGCUCCCCACCGUACGCCGCGCCCGAACUCUUCCAGGGCAAAAAGUACGACGGGCCGGAGGUGGACGUCUGGAGUCUGGGAGUCAUCUUGUACACGCUGGUCAGCGGCUCGCUGCCCUUUGAUGGACAGAACCUGAAGGAGUUACGGGAGCGUGUGCUCAGAGGGAAGUACCGCAUUCCUUUCUACAUGUCCACAGACUGCGAGAACCUCCUGAAACGCUUCCUGGUGCUCAAUCCGGCCAAGCGUGGUACUCUCGAGCAAAUUAUGAAGGAUCGGUGGAUCAAUUCAGGGUUUGAGGAAGACGAGCUGAAGCCGUACACCGAGCCAGAACUCGACAUCACGGAUCAGAAGAGGAUAGAUAUGAUGGUUGGGAUGGGCUACAACCUGGACGAUAUCCAGGACUCGUUGGGCAAGAUGAAGUAUGAUGAGAUCACAGCCAGCUACCUGCUGCUGGGCAGAAAAGCCUCUGAGCUGGAGCCCACUGAGUCUGCCUCCAGCAGCAACCUGUCUCUGGCCAAACCAAGGCCCAGCAGCGAGCUCAAUGGCCAGUCGCCCUCCCACUUAAAAGUCCAAAGGAGCGUCUCUUCCAACCACAAACAAAGGCGUUACAGUGAACAAGUUGGUCAGAACGUUCCUCCUGGGAUGGCUCAUCCAAAGAGGAGUCAGACCACCACAGGAGACAACAGCACUAAGGAGGACAGUGGGGUUCAGCUCCGCAAGCCCGGCACCCCCGGGAGCCGCGGCGCUCCCCCCUCCAGCCCCCUUCUGGGCAACGCCAACAACCCCAACAAGGCUGACAUCCCAGAUCGCAGGAAAGGAGCCACCACUGGCCCGAGUAAUAACACUGCCUCUGCGGGGAUGACCCGGAGGAACACGUACGUCUGCAGCGACAGGAACAACACGGACCGUCUGUCCGUCAUCCCCAACGGGAAGGAAAACAGCAUGACUGAGAUGGCUUGUGCCACUAGCCCCUCUUCUGCCUUUGCGGCCGAUGUGUUCGGUGCCUCGUCCAGUUCGAUGCAGCAGAGGUAUCAAACCGUCAACCCUUUGUACGCUUGUCAGGCAGGCUGGGCCACACUGCCCCACUCCUACUACGCUCUGGACUACUGCUCGCCCAAACCUCUUGAAAAAAUAACAAGCUCUCGCGGCUCUGCUCCUGAUCUCACCUCCAUCCUCUGCUGUCGACUCCGAGCCCAACGUCUUCUCCGCUCGGAAUCUCCCUGGCCUGUCCGCCUCCAGCAGGACGGGCCGAGCCCCCCCCCCCACCUCCACCCCCUGCUGUCCCGGCAACCUGCGUCAAGUCUCAGUGUUGCGGUGUCGCCCAGCAGCCAGCGGAACCCGGUGGCCUCCACCCAUAGCAUUACCAACGCCACCACGCCCGACCGUCUCCGCUUCCCCCGCGGCACCGCCAGCCGCAGCACCUUCCACGGCGGCCAGCUGAGAGACCGCCGCACGGCCACGUACAACGGGCCGCCGGCCUCGCCCACCCUCUCCCACGACGCCACCCCGCUCUCCCAAACCCGCAGCCGCGGAACCAGCAACCUUUUCUCCAAGCUCACAUCCAAACUGACCCGCAGGUAGGCGAGGACUCACCUCCAACCAGGUUAACCCCCUGGCUGGAGUUUGGUUUCUUUCUUUUCAGUGUGACUGAACCUCAGAGAUCCAGCACCACAGUCGUUUAUGUUAAGAAGUUUUAGAAUUGCCCCUUUUUUUUUUUUUGCUGAAAGAGAAAGGGGACACACCACAGCCCUGCUCUGUGCAGCAAAAAUUCUGCCAAACUUGUAUCGGGUUUAGAGGCCUACAAAUGCUGUGCCUUCUUAGAGUUGGGAUCUUUAAUUACAUGGUGGGGGGAACCCUUCUCUGUCCUGCUGAAUGUGAUUUUGAAAAUCUAAAUUGUUUAUCUGUCGCUGCCUGGUUGCCUGCCAGAGAAACACAAAACUUCUGCAAGUGAGCUGCAUACUGACCUUUUUUUUUUAUUUUAUUUUUACAUGAAACUGAUGACAGUCCUCAGCUCCUCAGAUGCCAACGAUUGUAUCAGCCAGUGUUUAAUUCAGUAUUCAGAGUCCCUCCAUUUAAAAUCUGAAAAAAAGUUUCAGCAAAGAACAAAUGGGACAAAGUUUUUUUUUUAUUUUUUAUUUUUUUUUUUUUAAGAGAAAUGCUGAAAGGAUAAAUUUAACAAUGGUGCAAAAUGACCCCUUUUUUAACGCCGUACCCUGCUGCUCCAGUGCACCACGUUUAAGCCUUCGGCAGAGACUCUUUCUAUGUCAUAAAUGUGUAGAUAAGUCUAAGUCACAUGACCACUGAUGUGCAGCUUAUAAUGAAGCUUAAACCCUUUCUGACUGUUACAUUUUAGCGUCCACAGUCUUUUGUAAAACAAAGACUGGCCUGACUGGUCAAGUUAUUUCAGAAGAAUAGCAGGAUACAGCAGCAUCCUUUACCAAGAGAUACCUCUUCAGAAGAUUGAACAGCAAAUCUUAACCCACAGAGCAUUCAUGAUAAACCCAUUGGGGAUUAUCACGUAAGAAAUUUAAACGGCACCUUUAGUGUAAAAACACUAAGACUGUCUAUUUUAUUUUCAUGACUCAAAACGCACAGUACGACAAUAAGGCCUUCAUUUCUGUCAAAGCUAACUUGAAGCCUACCUUAAAGCUGAGGUCAGGACAGCCCAGCAGAACUUUUCUGUGAACCAUUUAUGGAAGCGGCAGCCAGGUCAGCGACAUCACUGCCCGCAGCAGCUGACCUAUGAGGAGAAAUGAGGAACUGAAGUCAUUUGAUAACAUCUUUAAAAAAAACAAACAUGUAAAUGUAAAAAAAAUGUAAUUUAAAAAGGGAGAAAAAAAGAGAAUGCAAUAGCUAAAAUGAACUUCCACUCACCGCUAAUUAUUCCAAUCAUCCCGUUUCUGUUGGUUCAUUCAGAUUCCUCAUGCCCCCUCCCCUCCUCCCUCCACCUCUCUCUCACCAUUCUCACAGUUUCUUUGUCUGAUUCUGUUGUAGAAACAUGUCAUUCAGGUUUACCAAAAGGUAGGACUCCUGUACUGCCUUUCCGUACCAGACAAUUAACGCGACCAAUCUCACCAAAACAACUCUGAAACUCUCUGACGAGUGGGGCUGCUGGCACCGAACUAACACACCGCUUUAGCAGAAACUCAUCUCUCCCUGGGUGCAUCCACACAAGCGCACACACUGUAAUCAGGUUAAUGUUCAACAGACAUUGGAUUGGUGUGUUUCCUUGUUUAGAAUGAAGCUGCAACCAGUAAACGCCUCUAGCUUUAACACGGUGUUCUCUAAGAGACAGUUUUUUCUUCAUAAAGGGGUUUGUUAAUACCCCAGAGGAUGUUGUUAAUUUGUCUUUAACAUCCCUCAAAGAAAAGAAAAGAAAAAGAAAAGUUCAUCUGGGCACAUAUUGACAGACAAUGCUGAACAAAUAUAUCAGACCACAGCUGAAAUAACAGCACUGGUCGUUACCGAAAUAAUCUUUCUGUAAUAGUAAAUACACAAGUAUAUACAAGCUCUAUGAUAUAAUUAUUGUAAUCAAUGCUAACAGAUAUACUGUUUUUAUUUUUUUUUAACGUAAAAAAUAGUCAAGAACAUACAUAUUUCUUGAUUAAUAUGUCAAAAUAGAAUAGUUUCACUGAGCAGAAAAUAUAGUCGGGAAAUGGGAAAUUUGCUUCUUCUAAAUCCAAAGGGUUAGGGUAAAAUUUUCUGAAAAUUCGAAAAAGGAGUAGUCUGCCUUUUUAAACUCGGCUGAGACAUCAAGUGCAAACACCUGGUCCGACUGUGUACAGCAUUCAGCGGGAAAAAUUAGUAUUUCGUCAAGCCGAUUAGAAAGGCCCCGUCUGCUGGCUGUAGCUUCAUAUUUUUAUUAUUAUUCAUAGAAAUAGAAUUCAACGGGACCACUACCUAAACUGCCACACUGUCCCUUUAAGAGGGAUUUGCCAAAAUAAGUACCGAACUGAUCAUUUGCCAUUAAUCUGACGGUAACUGGUGUGAAUGUGUGUUUAAAUGCACUCAGGGGGGCUGCGGGUUGGUUUGAGUGAGAAAAAAGGCUGAUUGGGAGAGCGGACCAGAGUCCUCGAACAAUCAGUGGAUUAACCAACAACAAAGCGGCUUGCCACUAAUCAAUCGCCAACGCAUGCAUGGGGCCGCUUCCUCCAGCUGCCAUUGAUUGUGGUCUGUGAUUGUUGUUUCUAACUGAACUUUGCGCCAUUACUCUUGCUGCAUUAUUCACAAAACAUGUAUUUAUUUUCCCCCUUUCUUAGAGCCUUUCAGAAACAUGAAUAACAGAUGUUUGGUAAAUGCAGCCUCGUGCAGGAGUGGAUGUAACAUUCUCUUCAUUUCACCACAUAAACUUGUAAUAAUGGGAUAUUGAAUCCAAGGGAAAAUAUUUCCUUAAAAAAAAAAAUCUGUUAUCUUUUAUGAAAAUUUUAUGUUUAUUUAUUUAAAGUGUUUUUUGAGACCAUCAAAUCCUUUGGACGCUUCGGAGUAAUAAUUCGCCCUUGUUCUUAACUCAACUUUUUUUUCCCAUUUCUCACAUCCUGUUCAACACCAAACUACCAAAGAACGUUGAACUGUAAAUACAGUCUCAUUUGUUUAAACUCCAAAAUACUGGGCUAAGUUAAAUUUAUCAUUGAGCAUUGGAACCCAAUUUUUUCUCCCCGUCUCCGGUCUUACAUAACAGCUGACGACAUUGGGACCAUUCAAGCUUUUUACAUCUUGAACCUCUGGUGGCUCUUCUUUAUGCUUUUGGGUAAAAAUAAGAAAGGGAAUUUUUAGAUGAAAGAAAAUUAGCCAAAUGGGGGAUGAAUUAUGCAUGCGAGGAAAAAUCAAUGACAGCUGCUGUUUGAGUUCCCUGCCAAAGGAAAACCGUUUGGAUUUUAGACUCGUAUGGUGAUUUAUAAAUUGGUUUUGCUUGUGAGAGGGUAAGCUUAAGGGAUGAGUACUCUGAAUGUUAAACCAAGUGUUUUUUAAAGCUGUAAAUCCAGGUGUUGUGUUGUCCCCUAUUCAGGCCGCUAUUAUGACUUGAAACAUCUGAGAGGAUUGAUCAAACUAUUAUGAUUAUUGAGCACGGAGCCCUAUCGUACGGAGGCUCAUAGCACCUCCCAGUGGCUGAUUUCUAGAAACUUGUCUUCAUCUGGUUGUGUCACGAUCUGGAGCCGCUGCUCAGUCUGAGCUGUCAUCCUCUCAUCCCGACAGCCUCAUUUUGGGUUUUCAUGUGUCAUAAGUUCAUUGGGGCUUUAAAGGUGGACAAAUGUGGUAAAAGGUUUACAACGCCUUCUUUAGUAACCCGCCC